UUUGGAUUCACCAUCCGUAAUGUUAGUUUUGUUAACUUCGACCAACCCGACUGUUCGGCACUGACUAUCACUAGGAUUCCAGAACAGUGUGAGUCUCUCUGUGGUGGAUACAUGUACAGAACUCAGAAUCUGACAUUUACGAAUGUUGAUUCACGCGUAAGGAACGACUGGAUCUGGGAAUCGGUGUACGAAGACAUGGACGGGUCGCUGUGUGGAGCCCCGUCAUGUAAAGUGUUACCAUGUACCGGAAAUCUACCAUCAAACUGUACUUUGUUUUCAAACUCGUCAAGUAUCCCAUUAUGUACUUGUCCUGCAGACGUAAACUUUAUCCGAUUCGCUAUAAAUCCCUACUGGUACGGUUUGCCGAGAACGUCUCUCAAUUUAACAAACGAAUACGGAUCAACACGACACCAUUACCGUAGCCGUGCUAUAGAUCCGUCCAGUGGUUGGAUGACGAACUUUGUGUCUGGCGCUUCAUACAUCUGGGAAUUUGACAAUGGCUAUAUACUGACUAAUUUAAGCUACCAGUUUAAUAGCUAUAGAAUGCAGUACGGGGAUUAUGUGAUCAUAAGCCAGGCGUUGACAGGAGAACCAGACGAGUUUCAGAUGCGUUCUCAUAUUAUCCCUCCAACAAACGAGACACUUGACCCAGAGACACAUUAUGACGGCGAUUGGCAGUACAACGAGACGUCCGGCAUGCUCACGUACUUAGUAUCUUAUAGACGAAGAGAUUACCAGGAGGAUCGGGGUAUAGAGGAUACGAGUUUCUAUUUAUUAGUCAAAAAGUGCUUCUUCAAGGGAUGUGUUACUCCACCGACACUACCACCAACGACCCCACCGAUUGUGACACUGACCUACGUAUACUGGUCUGCUCCUACGUCAUGGCCAAACAACACACUCCCAGUGGAUGGGGAUGACGUCACUAUCAGAGAAGGUACCACGAUGAUUGCCGACACGAUGAUACCGAGACUAGAUAAACUCGUUAUCUACGGCGUGUUGGAGUUCGAUUAUGGUCCGGUUAACGAUUCCUAUAGAAACUUUACUCUGAGUGCUACAGACAUACUCAUUAUUGGAGGGAGACUUCUGAUUGGUUCACCAAGUGAGCCUUUCCUUGGACAACUUGACAUCGUACUUAGAGGUCGCCGACCUGAACACUUGGACGCAGAGGAAUAUCUCCCAUUCACACAGAUUCCAAUAAACGCUAAAACGUUGGGCGUAUACGGAGGUUUAGAAGUACAUGGUAAUGAUGUCGGUGUUGCUUGGACGAAAUUGACAACAACAGGAAACCCCGGGGAUACCACGAUUACUCUAGUUGAUAGCGUGACCUGGGGAGUCGAUGAAGAAAUCGUCAUCGCCCCAACUAGUUACGACAUCUGGGAAACGGAAACGUUUAGGAUCACAGACGUGUCAGAGGAAGGAUUGACAUUGACAUUGAAUGCUUCUUUGCAAUUCAGACAUAUUGCUCACAAUGAAACUAUAAAUGGUCAAGGAGUGAGCAUAGCGGCGGAAGUAGGCCUUCUCACCAGAAAUAUCCGAGUACUUGGCGAGGGUGACGAUGCCUUGUACGUAGAGCGUUAUGGUGGACGGAUUUUGGUGGGGGCGACUAAGUAUAACAAUAAAUAUAACGCUGGUUUUGCCCGCUUUAGUAAUGUUGAAUUUAUCAACACCGGGCAGGUAGAUGUAAGAUCAUUUACAAAUUAUCGAUUUUCCCUCGAGUAUAAAAACGCCAAGACCGUGACAGACAGCACACCUUCUUCUGUAAGGAAGUGUUCAUUCCACAACGGCUUCUCGCCAGCGAUAGGUGUACACGGAACCAAUGGCCUGCUGCUGGCGGAAAAUAUAAUCCACCACUCCGUCUCAUUAGCGAUCGAAACGCAAUCAUAUAGGACAACUAUUCAACGUAACCUCGUCAUACUAGUAGCAGCCAGCAGUUCCUAUAGUGGAGCUAUAAGUGGAAUGGGGUCCCGAGAAUUGACACUCACAGAUAAUUCUGUCAGCGGUACUGAUGGAGUAGCUUUUCAUGUUCCCGGUGUAGAAUGUGGACUAACAUCCGGUCCAUCUGGAAAUGAAGCCCACAGUUCAUCUAUAGGCUUGGCCGUUUUUCCUGGGGAUAACGUUCAAGGCUCAUGUUAUCAAAUAUCGAACUAUUAUAUCUGGGAAUGUCGAGAUAUAGGAAUCUAUUACAACAAUAAAUUGUCUGUAGAUAUUACGGACACCGUUCUAGCAGAAAACACUCUCGGGAUUUAUGCACAAGUAAUUGGACCAAGCGCAGUGUCUCAUCUAUACACACCGAAACAUUGUACGAUUAAGAACAGCCUAAUCAUCGGAACGACAUCCUCGUAUAACUGCAGCACAGACCAUGUUAGAGCUUCUGGGGAAAUGAGCCAAACUAAAAGAAGUCACGUUGGUUUGACGUUUGCUUCUUUCAUGCAGGGAAGCAAUGGGGCUCCUGGUUCCUCCUUGAUUGGAAUAGGGACUUACCCUGCAGUCAUGGGAGUGACGAAUGUUCAGAGUGUAACAUUUGCCCAUUUUAAGACGGUAUGCGGUACUAAGGACGUCAUGCUGACUACAGACAAGGCUAACGAUGAUGGACAACACCCUGUGGUGACUAGAGAAAUCACCAAGUAUAACUCAGAAAACGAUAGCUACUUCUUUAUUCAUCGACCGAACAUCGACAAAGUGAAUCCGAGUGACUGCGUUGACAUGGACUGUGAUGGACAGAAAAAAGCACUGAUAAGAGACGAAGACGGUUCCUUUCUUGGAACAAAGGGCGCUGUCCUAUCGCAGUCGGAAUGGGAGUGGAACGGUGAUCCGAGAAGGGGUCUAGGUGAUCACAGGAUACCAAAGGAGAUGCUGACCAACCUAACAGGAGAACGUAUCAACGUUAGUGAUAUCGCACCACACAAAGGAAUAAUACGGAAUGACAAGUGUCAAAUCCGGGAAGCAUGGCAAGCCUACGAGUGUCAUGACCUCAACUACGAAAUGCUGAUAAUAGAGAGUCUAGACGCGGACACAGAGACCCGGCGUCUGUCACCUGUCGCCAUUCUCGGUGACGGGUAUUUGGACUUAAUAAAUGGGCCUCAGGACCACAGUGGCUGUAGGCUAGGCAACUGUCGAAAACGCCUUUCUACAUUCAUGGCUAUAGUGGCGUCAGGAAAGUCGUACUCUCUAUACUUCUCAACUACAAGUCCUCAGACUUUACGACUCUUCCUUUUGAACUCCGACGAUAACGAGGUCAUUACGCUUGGUAUAUGGUAUUCCCAGUCCAACCGUAGAGAUGUGUACGUAGGGAAUGAUCCAGUGUUAGCAAAGAAUGCUAGAAUGGAUCAUGGGAAAUAUAUCGUUGACCGACCAUCAACGAAAGGAGAAUUUAUUCCUAACGUAAACUCAGAAGACGUCACAGGGUCAAAUUUCUUCGACAGAGACUCGAAUAUUUUGUAUGUGUUAAUCAGAGGAAACAGUCCUGUUAAAAUAGUAACAAACCCGUCGUUUAUUGUGUCAUUUCAAAUACCAGCAUUGACCCCAGAGGAGUUCUACGGAGAGGCGUUGAUACAUAAUUUAGCUUUGUUUUUCGAUGUACCGCCGGAGAAGAUCAGAGUUGUUAACGUUGUGAGGGAGUCGGGAAGACGAAGACGAGAUGUAGAUGGAGCAACAAAUAUCCAAUUCGAAAUCAGUGACCCGCCCAACGGAACUGGAGGAAAUAGCACGGUAAAUGAAACAUUGACAACAGACUCGCUGUUAAACAUGUCGUCAAAGUUUAUCAAUGAGGUCCAGGGAGGAGAUAUCAGCAAGGCCCUAAAUGUGUCUGUUACACGUAUUAGUGUAAGUGAACCUCUUGUUGACAAUGGACUGGACGCACCACGCUCUGACACUUCCGGGAAAAUCACUGUUCCAAAGCGUAUGAAUAUGUCUGUACAACUGGUUCCGUCUUAUGAAACUGUGCCAUUUUCUAACCAACCUUGCUUGCACAUUUUUGACGUUCAGGAUGAACCGAUGAAAAAAUUAGGCAGCAUUAGCGAUCCUUGGCGAAUCACAGCAUAUCUCCAACCAGGCGUGAACCAACCUGCCCAGUUACAGGGUAUUACAACAUUGGAUAUCAUUGGUGGAUGGGCCAACUUCACCGAUCUCGCGUUAUCGCAGUACGGAGAAAACUUCUCUAUACAAUUUAACAAGACUUAUCCAGAGAAUAAAAUCCUUUUGAGUUCUUGGUCAGAUAACUUUUCAAUCAGUAGAAUCAACAUCAGUCUAAGAAUCAGUGUAUCAGUCGACAUAAUCAUUAUAAACAAUGACACCGAAAUCCGGAUUGAGCUGAUGGAUGAUGCCACACAACAUGGAAUCAGCAAUAUUUCUUGGAGGGGUCACACAUGGACUGCAUCAGUUGACAUAAGUUCGGAAACACACGUAAAUGUGACAGGGUUGAGAAACACAACAUUUAACCCUACUACUGGAAAAGCCGUUUUUAAUAACCUUGCCUUCGAUCAGAUCGGUGUCUACUUUCUGACGUUCUAUGUAAGGUCAUUUCCGGAUGAGUAUGACCUGUCUGGCGACUUUCGAGUUGAAGUCAUAACAGAAAACCAGCUUGAACUAUAUCGAGACAAUACAACUAUCGUCACAAAUAUAUCGCUGAUAUUCAAUGACAAUUAUACAGAGAUUGUUGGAGCUAAUGAUAAACAGUUCGGAGCCGCAAUCGUCAACAUUCUUGCACGACGAUAUCCUGAUGUAUAUUUUGAUAGGGUAAAAGUGAAAAAAGGCUGUAUAGUCUUCGAAACAGCGAUGAAAGGUCGAUUGAAUAAUACCAACACGACACUUCAAAGCCUUUAUGACUUUGUCGCAACUACAAACUUUUCUUUUCUUGGCAAAGAAUUAGGGAACCGUUCUCUGCGUGUGAAUUCGGAGCCUUCUAAUACCAGCGAAUCGACAUCUACGGAAAACAUCUCCUCUGCAUCUGCGUCGUUGACACGGACGACACAUUCAACAAACGGAAACGUCACUAAAGUUACUACGAGUCAAGCCAUGACAACCGAAGACAACAAACACAUAACUACCAGCAGUGAAGAAUCUACAGUUACUGACACAACGACACCGAUUUCCACUAAUGCCGGACUGUCCUUUCCUGUGGUGAUUGUAAUAGUCAUUACUCCAGUAGCAGUACUGCUUGGAGUAAUUUUUAUUGUCAUCAUUUGUAAGUGCAAGAGGAUCCGGAAACAAGAGCAACAAUCAGAACGUUUGACGAGAACUUCAACAGUUAGCUCGGAUGACUUUAAACCAAGACCAGGCGGAAUAAAAAGUAACGAAUAUGCUUAUCUGUCCCCUUUCUCGAUGGACUCGGAUAUCAAGUCUUAUAAACAUCACAUUCCGCGACUACAAACUAACGUCAUCAGGAGGCCAUUCACCCCUACGUAUGAGAUAGAGAAUCAACAACCACCGUCCUCAGCGGGAAGCAUGCUUUCAAGCCAGGCAGAGGAUUAUAGAAGAAAGUUGUAUUAGUAAUUGAUACGAAAUGAGGAAUUUGUUGAAGAAAUUUUGUGAAAAAUCACAGCGUAAAAUAACCUAAUGGGAUCCAGGUGACGGUUCAAAUAGCAGAUUUAAUCAAGGGAAUACAAGGAAAAUCAAUGUCUUAAAGCUCAGUAAAUUCAUAAGACGCAAAGUCAUUAAUUCUACUAGGGUUGCUCAUACAUUCGUAAAAUAACAUAACGCAAUGUCGUGUAAAACGGUAUGAACUUUGACUAUUCGGCUUCAAAUGUUGAAUACAUAUUUGACAACCAAUGAGAAAUAAGGUGUCGGUCAUGAAUAUUUGUUUAUAUUUUUGUAGUUAGUGUAGUUCAGGUACUAGAAGGAUAUAUGGAAUUUAAGUAGUUAUUUUCAUAGAGUUGGUAUUGAUCAGGUUUGAUUUAUGAACCAGUUUACAUUAUUUUAAUUUUAUUUGCUUUAUGCUACGUUCUAUGUAAUGAAUGGCUGUUACAUACACUUGUAUAUAACUAAAACUUGUAACACAUUUAAGCUAAUCCCGAUAAAAUAACCUACUCUAAAGGAUAAUAUUUCAACAUAGAAUACUAAAUUGAACAUGUAUUGUCAUUAAAUUGGAUAUUUUUAAAUAGUUAUACAAAUAUAACCUAAUUAUAUACCAGUGGGUGAUCUGCUACAUAAGACAACGAUUCUACGUAAUGAAAAUGGAUUAAAUUUUAACGUUAAGUACAUGUAGCUAUCAUAUGUAUGUGUAAGUAAUCGAUGUUUCCAAUUUAUAUUAUAUGUUUAGUUGUAUAGGUAUACAUGUAUAAAACACUGAUCGUAUCAUUAAUAAUCUGAUGCAAACAGCCAUAGCGACUCCUAGCUGACCACUUAUUACUUCGAUCAAACGACAGUUACACUGUGCUAGUUAUGUAAAAAGACUUUCCAUGCAAGCUCUCGAUGAUGAAACUUCAGUACUUCUAUAAUUUUGUUGUGAUUUUGUUUAGAGUGGAAGAAAUAUACAAUUUUGCAUUUGAAAGAUAUCGCAUAACCCGCACUUUGUUACCUUUUCAAACCUUUUUGUCACGUUUCCCGCUGCAUCAGAUAUCCCAAAUACGACAUUUUUAAAACUAAAGAUCAUAGCCCGCGGGUAAUAAACGAUAAACGACGGUAUCUUAUUAUGGCUUGCUAUAAAAAUCAGCGAAAUUUGUCGACAUCGUAUAAUAUCGUUCUUUCGAUGCAACAAUACCCUGAAGUUUUCUAUGACAAAUAAUGUUUUGUUAAGAGUAUUAAAAUGAAAAUAUAUAUUAUAAAAAGUAUCGGAAAGAGUUGAUUUAAGUUGACAAAGUGUGAUAGCGCACAGAUUAUGUAUUAUAGAUAUGUAACCUUGCCCUUAGUUUACUCUAUAUAUCCAAUAAUAUAGCAUAGCUUUGCACGUAGUUAUAAGUUUCUUUUUCAUAUCCAU